AUGGCACCAAAGAAUAUAACACAAGUUUCCGAAUUUCUUCUUGAAUUUUCAGAGGAACCAAAGUUGCAGCCCCUCAUAUUUGGAGUUUUCCUCUCCAUGUACCUGAUUACUGUGUUUGGAAACCUGCUAAUCAUCCUGGCCAUAAGCUCAGACUCCCACCUCCACACCCCCAUCUCAGACUUCCAUCUCCACACCCCCAUGUACUUCUUCCUCUCCAACCUGUCCUUCGUAGACAUCUGUUUCACCUCUACCACCAUCCCAAAGAUGCUGUGGAACAUCCAGACACAGAGCCAGGUUAUCACGUAUGAAGGCUGCAUCACCCAGAUGUAUUUUUACAUUCUCUUUGCAGGAUUAGAUGACAUUCUCCUGACUGUGAUGGCUUAUGACCGGUAUGUGGCCAUCUGCCACCCCCUGCACUACCCAGUCAUCAUGAGCCCCCAGCUCUGUGGGCUGCUUGUUCUGGUGUCCUGGAUAAUGAGUGUUCUGUAUUCCUUGUUACACAGCUUAAUGGUGCUGAGACUGUCUUUUUGUACAGACUUGGAAAUCCCUCACUUUUUUUGUGAAAUAAAAGAGCUGGUCCAACUUGCCUAUUCUGACACCUUUCUCAAUAACAUGAUGAUGCAAUUUGGAGCUGGACUUCUGGGUGGUGGUACCCUGACUGGUAUCCUUUAUUCUUACUCCAAAAUAGUGUCCUCUAUAUAUAGAAUCUCUUCAGCUCAGGGGAAGUAUAAAGCAUUUUCCACCUGUGCAUCUCACCUCUCAGUGGUCUCCUUAUUUUUUUGUACAAGUUUAGGAGUGUACCUUAGCUCUGCUGGUACCUACAGCUCACACUCAAGUGCUGCAGCCUCAGUGAUGUACACUGUGGUCACACCCAUGCUGAACCCCUUCAUCUACAGUCUAAGAAAUAAAGACAUAAAGAGGGCUCUGAAAAGAUUUUUGGGGAUGGAAACUAUAUCAAGGUAA